AUAGGGUUAAAACGAAAUGAGGGGGAGUGUAAAUGACACUUCAUUUUUGGGUGAACUGUCGCUUUAAGCAAAUCUUUCAAAUCUAUAUUUCACGUCCAUUCGUUUAUUUAAGUAGCCGCAUAAUAAGCUUGCUAUAUUGCAGUGUAUACUUCACUGGGGUCUUUCCCGAUCCAGCCCUUUCCACAAUCGUCACACAUUUACUGAAAUCACACGUCAGACCACACGCAGCGGAGUCCGGUAGGCAGGAAAAGCAUUUAAACUUGGCUUGCGCAUGAGGUGCACAGUUCAUUGCGUGACAGCUGCGCUAACAUCUGUAUGAUCCACAGCGGAAUGAGAGAAAUGCGUUUGUUAACUGCCUUAUUCGCCGUUAUAUUUGUCCUGGAGGAGGCUGAAGCUUGGGGUUACAAGGAUGGGAUACUGCACAACUCUAUCUGGCUGGAGCAAGCAGCCGGAGUUUACCACCGUGAAUCCCGCAAAGGAAGAUAUCAGCUGACGUAUAAGGAAGCCAAGGCUGUGUGCCAGUUUGAGGGGGGUGCUCUUGCUACAUAUGAUCAACUGGAGGCUGCUCGCCAAAUUGGGUUCCACGUGUGUGCAGCUGGAUGGUUUGACAAGGGACGUGUGGGCUAUCCGAUUGUUAAACCUGGCGCCAACUGUGGUUUCGGAAAGGUUGGAAUCAUUGAUUACGGAUACCGGAUCAACAAAAGUGAGAAGUGGGACGUCUACUGCUACAACCCUGAGGCAAAGGAGUGUGGAGGAGUGCACACAGAUCAGGAGAAGAUUUUCGAUUCUCCUGGUUAUCCAGAGGACUACCAGGACGAGCAGAUUUGCUACUGGCACAUUCGUGUGCGCUACGGCCAACGAAUCCGCCUGCACUUCCUAGACUUUGACCUAGAGGAGGACGCAGCUUGCCUCAGUGAUUACCUGGAGAUCUAUGACAGCUAUGAUGAUGUUUCAGGCUUUGUUGGGAGAUACUGUGGGGAUGAACUUCCAGAGGACUUCAUAAGUACAGGAAAUGUCAUGACUCUGAAGUUCCUUUCUGAUUCCUCGGUGACGGCUGGAGGUUUUCAGCUGCAGUACAUCGCUGUGAACUCCUCUCGGCUCUUUGACAGUCACACUGAUGCCUUCUCUUGACCAAUGUUUAAUGCCCCAAACCCACUCCUUUAAUACACCCAAACCCACAACUGUAUU